UUUUAAAAAAAGCACUUUGAACCGUCUGUUGACGUUUGGGCGCCAGGAAGGCUGAAUUUGGAAAGUGCGGCGAGCAGAAAGCCGACUCCAAAAACAACCAAAAACUUCCCCGCAGAAGCGGACACCGAAUAAACAAGCGAAACACAUUCAGAGCAGAAGCGAAUAACUCGUAAAGGCCCUCGUCAUGGCUUCACACAACCUGAGUGGAGUCAAGCGAGAAGAAAAGGGGAGAAACAUUCAAGUGGUCGUCAGAUGCAGACCGUUCAACACGAUGGAGCGCAAGUCCCACAGCGUUGUUGACUGCGACCCAAACAGGAAGGAAGUCACCAUGAAGACGGGGGCGGCUGCGGACAAGGCGUCCCGGAAGACGUACACCUUUGAUAUGGUGUUCGGACCCGCCGCCAAGCAGAUCGACGUGUACCGCAGCGUGGUGUGCCCCAUCCUGGACGAGGUCAUCAUGGGCUACAACUGCACCGUGUUUGCCUACGGUCAGACGGGAACGGGAAAGACCUUCACGAUGGAGGGAGAGAGGAGUCCGGACGAGGAGUUCACGUGGGAGGAGGACCCUCUCGCCGGGAUCAUCCCCAGAACUCUCCACCAGAUCUUUGAGAAGCUGUCCGAGAACGGCACGGAGUUCUCCGUCAAAGUGUCUCUGCUGGAGAUCUACAACGAGGAGCUCUUUGACCUCCUCAGUCCCACCGAGGACGUCAACGAGAGACUGCAGCUCUUUGACGACCCGCGAAACAAGCGCGGCGUGGUGGUCAAAGGUCUGGAGGAGGUGACGGUUCACAACAAAGAUGAAGUGUAUCUGAUCCUGGAGAGAGGAGCCGCUAAGAGGAGGACAGCCUCCACUCUCAUGAACGCAUACUCCAGUCGCUCCCACUCGGUGUUCUCCGUCACCAUCCACAUGAAGGAGAUGACGCUGGACGGCGAGGAGCUGGUGAAGAUUGGAAAGCUCAACCUGGUGGACCUGGCUGGCAGCGAGAACAUCGGACGCUCCGGUGCGGUGGACAAACGGGCGAGAGAGGCGGGAAACAUCAACCAGUCUCUUCUGACGCUGGGUCGCGUCAUCACCGCCCUGGUGGAGAAACGCCCGCACGUCCCGUACAGAGAGUCCAAGCUGACCAGAAUCCUGCAGGACUCCCUGGGUGGACGCACAAAGACCUCCAUCAUUGCCACCGUGUCCCCCUCCUCCAGCAACCUUGAGGAGACUCUGAGCACGUUGGAGUACGCCAGCAGAGCGAAGAACAUCAUGAACAAGCCCGAAGUCAACCAGAAGCUCACCAAGAGGACGCUCAUCAAGGAAUACACGGAGGAGAUCGAGCGCCUCAAGCGUGACCUGGCCGCCACUCGGGAAAAAAAUGGCGUCUACCUGUCAACUGAGAAUUACACGAGCAUGAUGGGACAGAUCAACACCCAGGAGGAACAAGCGCUGGAGUGCACCGAGCGCAUCGCUGCCAUGGAGGUGGAGCUGAAGAAGGUGACCGACUUGUUCAUGGAAGGCAAAAGCCAACUGGAGCACUGCGCCGCCGAACUGAACGACAAGCAGCAGAGGCUGGACCACACCAGCAGAGACCUGCAGCAGACCAAAGACCAGCUGGCUCAGGAGGAGUUCAUCAGCACGGAGCUGCACUCUGCCCAGGAGAACCUCUACAACACCGCCACGCAGCUGCUGAGCACAGUGGACAUCAGCACCGGCGACGUCUCAGGUCUGCACGCCAAGCUGGACAGGAAGAAAGCGGUGGAGCAGCACAACCAGCUGGUGCAGCAGAGCUUAGCCGAGCGCAUGGCGGCGGCCUUCAGCGGCGUGCAGCACAGCAUCAAGCAGCACGGCGCCGAACACGUUCGCAUGUUGAGCGGCUACUCGCACGACAUCGACGGUCUGCUGGUGGUCAACACGGCGGCGCUGACCUCCGCUCUGGGCGGCGUGAAGGACCUGGUGGGCGGAGUUGGCCAGCUGUUGGGCGAGGGCGUGGCCCGCAGUCAGGAGCGAGCCCGGCGGCUCCCGGCGCUCUCCGAGCGCAGCAAGCAGAUUGUGGAGGAGCUCCUGGAGGAGCACCGGCAGGACAUGGAGGAGGUUCUGCAGCAUCAGACUCUGAUGGGUUUUUCCGUUCUCAAAGAGCUGAGCGCCACCCUCAGGAGCAGCGUGGAAGCGCAGCGAGCUGUGGCUGACAAGGUGGAGGCAAUGCAGGACAUAGGCCAGUUCUUCAGAGGUCUGGUUCAGGAGCUGGGGGGUCUGCGCGAGGCCACGGUGCAGAGUCUGACGUCCCUUCAGGCCAAGCAGAAGCAGUUGGAGGAGGACAUCCGACAAACUAAGGAUCGCUACCAGAAGAGCGCCGAGGAGACCAUCCGGUGCCUGCAGGACCUGCACUCGUCCUCCAGAACCCUGGAGACUCCUCUUCAGGAACUUCAGGAGAACCUCAGCAGCGGCUGCAGCGUGGUGGAGCGCCAGGCCUCCACUCAGGCGGACCUCCUCGCCUCCACCUCCGGCUCUCUGGCCUCCUCGCUGCGGCUCCACCUGGACCAGAGUCAAGGAGCGCCGGAGGAGCUGAGCGCCUGCUGCUCUCGCCUCCAUGAUUCCAUGUCCGCGCUGCUCCAACGGAACCAGGACUGGAGCUCCAGACUCAGGGAGCACACUGAGACCCAAGCCCGGGAGCAGCUGUCCUUGGUUGAGAAGAUGUGCGCUGAUGCAGAGGACCUCAGUCAGAGUGUGAAGACACACGGCGUGGAGAAGGUCCACGCCAUAGAGGUGCAGCUGUCUGGCCAGCACCAGGAGUUGAAGGAAGCCCUCCAGACGCUGCAGAAGCAGACCUCCUUGGAUGGCGCCGUGCGGGACCGCCAUCAGGCCGAGAUCCUCGUCCAGGUGGAGGCCAGUCAACAGAUGCUCGACACCUUCCUGCAGGAGGAGCUGCAGCGCGACGUUCCCACAGGCCAGACGCCUCAGCGGCGGGAGUUUGUCUAUCCCCGCCAGGUGGCCAAGAAGUGGAGCCACGCCGAGCUGGAGAGUCUGAGGAGGCAGCAGGAGGAGCUGAGGGCCGCCGCAAAGGAGGAGGAGCUAGAAGACGAGGAGGAGGAUGACAAACACAGCCAGGACUCCCAGGGGGAGGAGCUAAGCAUCAGCAACGAAAGCAUGGCCACCGAGGGUUCCUUCGCCGACGAGAACCUGGUCUUCAACGAGAACAGCCGCGUUCCCUUCUUCAAGAUGCUUCCUGUGCAGCAAAAGACGGGCAGGAAGAAGAAGGCGAAGGCGCUCAGCAGGAACAAAGCGUGUGACGAUGACGCCAUGUCGACCCCGCUGAAGUCCAAACUUCCUCUGCGCUGUCAAAACUAAACAUUUCUUCUGUCUUUCAACCUCAUUGGCUUAUUUUACCAUUUCAUAUUUUAACAGUCUUUGUUCCAUUUUUAUCUGUGUGAAAUAAAUAAAUGAAUGUUGAUUACGUCA